AUGCUGCCCAAGACGGUGGCGCAGCCGCUGCGCCCCGCUGCGCGCACGCCGCAGGUCAACAUGCUGCGCGCGUAUGCCACGAGCACUGCUACGCCACUGCUUGCCUCUCGUCCGAUCGUCGCCUACCACCUGCUUGCCUCUGCUGCGCUUGUUUUCCUGAUCAUUAUUGUCGGUGGCAUUACGCGCCUGACCGAAUCGGGCCUCUCAAUUACCGAGUGGAACCCCGGUUUGAAAGGCAUGCGCCUCCCGUGGACGGACGACGAGUGGAAUGCCGAGUGGGACAAGUACAAGCAGUCGCCCGAGUUUACUAUGAUCAACCAAGACAUGACGCUCGAGGACUUUAAGUCGAUCUUUAUGUGGGAGUGGUCGCACCGUAUCCUCGGCCGCGUGAUUGGCGUCUUUUUCGCGGUGCCCGCGCUAUACUUUUGCCUGCGUCCCAACAUUGCGACGCGGGAUGUGCGCUGGAAGCUCCUUGCGAUCACGGCUGGUAUCGGUUUUCAGGGCCUGCUCGGCUGGGUGAUGGUCGCAAGUGGGCUCAAGAACCCCUACGAGAACGAGCCUGCGACGGCCGAGCCGCGCCCUGAAUGGACGCCGCGCGUGAGCCACUUCCGCCUCGCGGCGCACCUCGGCACGGCGUUUGCGGUGUACAUGGGCAUGGUCUAUACCGCCGUGACGAUCCUGCGUGACAAUGGUCUGGCGCGCAGCGCGACGGCUGGUGCGGACGUGCAGAGCGCGCUGUCGAAGCUCGUGACGCAGCUGCAGAGCCCCGUCGUGCGCCGCUACAAGAACGUUGCAGUGGGCCUCCUUGCGCUCGUCUUUACCACGGCCAUGUACGGCGCGUUUGUUGCCGGUCUCGACGCCGGGCUCGUCUACAGCGAGUUCCCGAUGAUGGGUGAUGGCCGUCUGCUGCCGCCUGCCGAUGAGCUGCUGGAUGUGCGCUACGCGGUGCGCACCAACGCCCCCGUGCCCUCUCCCGACGUGACGACGACGCCGGUGCAGCCCUCGUCCUCGCGCCUGGUCCUCGGCAACGUCACGCAGAACCCCGUGACGGUGCAGGCGAUCCACCGCUACCUGGGCCUGACGACCGUCGCGUCGAUGCUCUUCUUCCUGCCGUACUCGAAGCGCAUGAAGGCGCUGCUCCCCCGCGCCGCCCCGCGCUUUGCGACCGGCGCCGUGCACAUGAGCAUUGUGCAAGCGCUGCUCGGCAUCUCGACGCUGAUCUAUAUGGUGCCGCUCCCCCUUGCGUCGCUGCACCAGGCUGGCGCCGUGGUCACCCUGACGAUGAUGACCUGUGUCCUUGCCGUGCUGCGCAAGCCUGGCCAGGCGCUCCAGGCGCUGGCCAAAGCACGUACCGAAGCCGCGCGCCAUGCCGCCGCGUCGCACGGACCCCGUCCAUAG